AUGAGCCUCUUCCAAAGCAGCUGGCUCCUGCUGUGUGUGGUGGCCGCUGCUGCCAUCCCCAUCGUGCCCUGGAAGGUGAAAUGCCCGGCGCAGUGUGUGUGCCAGAUCCGGCCCUGGUACACCCCCCGCUCCGUCUACAGGGAGGCAGCCACAGUGGACUGCAAUGACUUGUUCAUCUCUGCAGUGCCUGAAAACCUGCCAGAGGGGACCCAGACCCUGCUCUUGCAAAGCAACAACAUUGCCAGGCUGGAGCAGAGCGAGCUGGACUAUCUCAGAAACCUCUCGGAGCUGGACCUGUCGCAGAACAGCUUCUCUGAUGUCUGGGACUUUGGCCUGAAGAGCAUGCCCCAGCUGCUCAGCCUGCAUCUAGAGGAGAACCAGCUCUCUGAGCUGCCUGAUGGCAGCUUCCCAGGGCUGGGCAACCUGCAGGAGCUCUACCUGAACCACAACCAGCUCCGCAGGAUCGCUCCCCGAGCCUUCUCCGGCCUCGGCAGCCUCCUGCGCCUCCACCUCAACUCCAACCUGCUGAGGACAGUCGACAGCCGCUGGUUCCAGAUGCUCCCCAGCCUGGAGAUCCUCAUGAUUGGAGGCAACAGGGUGGAUGCCAUCCUAGACAUGAAUUUCAGGCCCCUGGCAAACCUGAGGAGUUUGGUUUUGGCUGGGAUGAACCUGAGGGAGAUCUCGGACUACGCCCUGGAAGGGCUGAGGAGCCUGGAGAGCCUCUCCUUCUAUGACAACAAGCUGGUGAAUGUCCCCAAGAGAGCCCUGCAGCAAGUCCCUGGCCUCAAGUUCCUGGAUCUGAACAAAAACCCUUUGCAGAGGGUCAAGCAAAGCGACUUCACCAACAUGCUGCACCUCAAAGAGCUGGGGCUCAACAACAUGGAAGAGCUGGUGUCCAUAGACCAGUUUGCCUUGAUCAACCUCCCCGAACUCACCAAGCUGGACGUGACCAACAACCCCAAACUCUCCUUUAUCCACCCUAAUGCAUUCCACCACCUUCCCCAACUGGAAACCCUGAUGCUCAACAACAAUGCCCUAAGUGCCUUGCAUAAGCAGACGGUGGAGUCCCUGCCCAACCUGCAGGAGAUCAGCAUCCACAGCAACCCCAUCCGCUGCGACUGCGUCAUCCGCUGGGUCAACAGCACCCACACCCGCAUCCGCUUCAUGGAGCCUCAGUCCACGCUCUGUGCCGAGCCCCCUGACCUCAACAGGAGGCACAUUCGGGAUGUUCCCUUCAGGGAGAUGACAGAUAGGUGUCUGCCUCUUAUCUCCAGCAAGAGUUUCCCCUCGAGGUUGGAGGUAGAGGAUGGGGAGACGGUGUCUUUGCACUGUCGAGCUCUGGCAGAGCCCGAUCCGGAGAUUUACUGGGUGAGUCCUUUAGGGGUGAAGCUGCUGCCCUAUGAGGAAGAUGGGAGGUACAAGGUGCACCCCGAAGGGACACUGGAGAUUGAGGGGAUCUCAGCUGGGGAGGCUGGGCUCUACACCUGUGUGGCUCACAACCUCCUCGGGGCAGACACCAAGAGCGUCAGCGUGGUGGUCAAUCGCUCCUUCCCGCUCAGCGAGGACAGCCUGGAGCUGCUGCUGCUGGAUGUCCAAGCCUACCACAUCCUCCUCACCUGGAAGCCACAGCUCAACACUGUCUCCUCCAACCUCACCUGGGCCAGUUUCUUGCUUAGUUCCAACUUGGCCGUGACCAACGUGGCCCGGCUCCCCAUGGGAACCCACACGUACAACAUCACCCGGCUCCAGCAGGACACAGACUACUGGGCUUGCCUCCACGUGGCCUUUGUAGACUUGCAGGCCAAGGUGGCUUGUGUGAAUGCCAGGACUAAAGAGGCUGCCCCUGCCUACUGGCUGCUGGAGGGCAGGCAGAGCCUCCUGAGCCUGCUGCUCCUCUGCCUCCUGCUCCUUGCUGCCGGCCUCACGGCUCGCUACAGCCUCAGAGCAGAGCCCAGGAGGGCUGGGGAGCUGCUGGGGGGAGGCACAGCCCUGAGUGUGGUUUAUCCCCCCCACAGCCAGCCCUGGGCUCGAGGGCAGCACAAGGGGCAGCUCCUGGCUGUGGAGGUGCAAGCAGCCCCCCUGGACUGCUGA